AUGCCAUGUUGGCCAUCAACUACAGAAUGGUCUUCACUCAACGACACUAUCUCAGGCCGUCUGAUAAAAACGACGCCUGUGGCAUCUGUUUGCUACCGUUCGGCGCCUACUUUUAACGCCGAGACCUGUCAAAUCCUUCGGUCCAACUGGACUACUUGGCCAUUCCAUUCGGCAAACCCGACGAGCGUUGGUGAUCCUUCUUUGGACAGUGCAUGUGCUCCAAUCUUUCCCAAUGGCACCAGCGUCUCUGGUAACUCGAAAGCGGGGAAGCAAGGAUGUUCGCUAGGCAAUUACCCUCCAUACGUGGUCAAUGCAACAGGGGCCGAAGAUGUCCAAGCCGCUGUUGCUUUCGCCAAAAAAUGGAAUUUGCGGCUCAACAUCAAGAAUACAGGACAUAGCGGCGAGAGAAGCAUCAACCCUGGAAGUCUCUCGAUCUGGACACAUAACAUGAAAAAUAUCCAGUAUCAUCAAAUGUUUACACCGCAGAGCUGUUUGAGCAACAAAACAGGUGUGGCAGCUACUUUGGGUGCUGGUGUGCAAGACGGCGAGUUGUUUGCAGCUAUGGCAAAACACGAUGCUAUUGCUGUCGGUGGACAAAACAAUGAUGUUGGAGUUGUUGGUUGGGCUACCGGUGGUGGCCACGGUCUCGCAACUGGUUUGUACGGUAUGGGAGCCGAUAACAUCAUCGAGGCGGUAAUUGUGACACCGAGCGGUGAGGUCCUAAGGGUGAAUGAGUGCCAAAAUGAAGAUCUCUUUUGGGCGGUUCGUGGUGGGGGUGGAGGCACUUUUGGCAUCAUCAUUAGUGUCACGGUCAAGGUAUAUAAGAUGCCAUCAGCUAUGCUGAUGGGGAUCGUAGUAUCACCCAAGAACAACAUAUCCACCAAGGAGUGGUAUAGCCUCGUUGCACGGAUGCAUGGCGAGUUCCCCCAGUUGCAGAAGUCUGGAGUUCAUGGGUAUUAUACCUUGUCUAGCUCACCAAUGUCAUUCAAUGUUGCUUUACUGCAGUACAACACAGGAAACAAGACAUCUGACACCCUUCUGGCGCCCAUGCGAAAAAUCCUGAGAGAAGCAAGCGCGACAGCCAGCUCCCAGUUUACUAAACAGUGGGCCUCGUCUUGGUAUGAUCUUGUGAAGAACAUACCGCUGUACGGAAGCACAGGGAAAGUGCAUAGCACUCGGUCAUCACGAUUCAUCCCAAGGCGAGAAAUGAAGGACACCCAAUCGCUGGCAAAAGCUCUUGACGCAAUCAUGGCCCCAGAUUCCCUUUCAAGAAGAGGAGUAUCCGAUCCAUCUGUCUCCGGUACCAUGACAGCGAGCGAAAUCCCUGUUAACAAUGCUUUGAACUCCGCCUGGCGCGAUUCAAGCGUUCAUAUUAUCACAACUCAAACAUGGGAUGACACACUUCCCCAUGAUCUGAGGGAGAAGGCCAUCCAUGACAUGACGUUUAAGAGAGGAUAUGCAUUACGACAAUUGGCACCUGAUACUGGUGCUUAUUUCAACGAAGCAAAUUCGUACGAGCCAAACUGGCAGUGGUCUUUCUGGGGAUCCAACUACCCACGCCUUUACGCAAUCAAGCAGAAGUAUGAUCCCAAGGGUCUUCUCUGGUGUCAUAAUUGUGUUGGCAGUGAGACCUGGACUCAACAGGGCAACGGUACCCUUUGCCGUGCUCUUUGA